UUCUAUUUUCUUUUCUUCUUCUCCCAACAUGUUUACUACUGCCACCCAUAACUUCUCUGUAAUUGAUCUCCCCUCUCAUCGUCCUUUUCUUCAAGAGCCCAUCAUGAUCCAGCAAAAGCCUUUAUUACCAGACACCCAGCAAUACAAUCGUCUUCGUACCAGUCGAUCUACCCACAGACUGAAUCAUCAUCACCAACGCCGGGUACCUAUGGAGCAGCAGCAGCAGCAAGUGGUAGUGAAGCUGUCGAAAUCUGCAUCCAUGCCAGGGGCCAAACAUGGCAGGGUUGUCAGUAGCAACAGUAGCCCCAAAUUACCUCCGUUGAUGAUGCGCACUCGAUCCUCGUCUGUCACAUCCAGUGAAAUCUCCCCUUCAUUAUCCACUAUCAGCAACAGCAGCAGCCUUCGACGGAACAACAGUGCCGAGAGUCGGACAAUGACACCGCCACCUCGAGCGCCACUGCCACCCAUUCCUACAUCAUCCUCGCCAUCACCAUCAUUACCGCAAGCCAAUACCAACAACAACAAUGAUAUCAUUAAUAGCAGCAGCAAUAUCACCAUCAGACCAGUAUCACCUUCAGUGCCAGCAGAUCAGAUGCAACGGAGACCCCCUUCCGUUGCCACCCUGCUGGCUCAUAUUCCACGGCCCAGUACCGCCAUGAGCACCACAGAGACCAUCCAGACCACCUCGACCAACCUAAAAAUGACAUGGAAGCACAUGAUGAGCACCACCACACUCGCCAUGUCACCCAAGAAACGUAAACAGCAGAUGCAAGACGGAUGGGGCUAUAUCUUGGCCCAAGAUCACAACGAACAAGAUCGGCUGGUGGCCCAGCACUACUUGCUCCGGAUGAUCUUUGGUGGCGAUUUCUGCGCACCUGGUAUUGCCAGUACUUUGGAAGCCAAGUCUUCUUCGGCCGUGGUGCUUGACAUUGGUUGUGGUGCUGGCGCGUGGACCAUGGAAAUGGCGUCGAUGUUUCCCAAGGCCACGUUUAUCGGUAUUGACCAAGAUCGGUUCUUCCCCCAAGACAUCAAGCCCAAAAACUGCCAUUUCCGCCAGUACAAUGUUGAGGAGGGCCUGCCAUUCCCGGACAACAGCAUCGAUUACAUCUAUCAGCGCGACAUGAACUGGGGUCUGUCCACUGGCAUGUGGAAAGCGUUGAUGCGCGAGUACAUGCGUGUAUUAAAACCAGGCGGAUGGGUCGAGCUUGUCGAGCCGGAUCUCGAAACUCAGAGCACCUUGCCAAAUGAAUGUGCCAUGAAUGACAAAAUUCUCGAAGGAAUGAUUCUUCGUCAACAGAAUCCAUACAUGGCUCGCCAUCUCUCUACUUUACUAGCCAGCAAUGGUUUCCGUCGUGUACAAAGUCAAUUUCAAUCACUUCCACUGGGCUGGGACCCAGUCGAUGAAUCAGCACCACCCAAUCAACCACAACCACAACCAUCAAAAACAGCUGCUAACAACAACAGAAAGUGCUCCGAACUCUCCAGGCUUGCCGCUAGUCAACACCUCUUCUUACUGCAAUCUUUACGGCCUUGGCUCUCACUCGUCAUGGAUCUAACCAUCGAAAAAUUCAACAACCACAUCAUGGGCUUGCCCGAAAGCUGGCGAAUUGGACAAACGUAUAUUAAUUGGCAUUGUGCUACCGCACAGAAACCUUAUCAACAACAACAACUGUAAUUUCAUUUCUCAACCCUUUCUAAAUUUACAUAUCAUAUAUAAAAUAUAUUCUGUAGUAUGUUUUCUUCUUUUU